AUGGCUGAAGAAUUGAAGCCAGAGCUAUGGACUACGUCUAGCAAUUCAGCAUUAAAGUUGUCACUUGUUAAUGAUGAAAAUGCUGUCCAAUUCUCACCUAUAUUCACUUAUCCUAUUUUCGGUCAAGCUGAACAACUAUUUGGCUACCAAGACCUGAAUAUACUACUCGCCUUCGAUUCAGUUACAUUCAAACCCUUCCUCAACAUCAAAUAUACCAAGAAACUUGAGCGUGGACUUGAUGAUGUUGAAGGUUCCAUAUUGAAGUUCCUUCCAGAAGGAGAUGUUAUCUUGAAAGAUGAGGUGGAGUGGGUCGAUGCGUUCAAUGGUGAAAGAGAGAAAUUUGCUCUACCAAACAGUGAAUCGAAAGUUGCAGAAUACACUUCUGGCGGAGAAUCGUUUGCCAUUUUUAAGGUUCACUUGUCAGACCCUAACAUAAGACAGCUGCAUAGACGGAUGCAGAUAUUCACUCUUCUUUUUAUCGAAGCCGCAUCCUACAUCGAUGAGGACGACUCCGCAUGGGAUAUUUUUAUGACGUUCAAUACAUCUACUCGUCAAUGUAUUGGAUACACAACUACGUAUAAGCACUGGAGGUACAUCAAUGGCCAGGAAUUUGACAGCUCAGAAAAGACCACCAAGAGGGCAAAGAUAUCCCAAUUCAUAAUUUUUCCUCCAUAUCAGUCAAAGUCACAUGGUAGUCAUUUGUAUUCCGCGGCGAUUGAUGUGUGGUCUAAAGAGGAGAAAAUAUCUGAAGUGACUGUAGAAGAUCCAAACGAAGCGUUUGAUGAUCUUAGAGAUCGUUGCGAUUUCAUGAGAUUGUCUGGUUCUGGACUAUCAAGCUCGAUUCCAGAAGAUGUUCCCAUACCGAGGACGUGGUUAACUGAACAAGCACGCAAAUACAAGUUAUCCCUAGUACAAUUUACGCGGUUAGUAGAAAUGAUUCUACUAUAUGAUAAUUCUCCAAAUUUCGAAAUACAGGUGAAGGCUAGACUGUAUCAGAAAAACCAUGAGGUUUUAACAGGCAUGGAUAGCGACACAAGGAAAGCUAAGCUACAAGAAGCUUUUACUUCGCUGAAGGAGGACUAUGCUCGUAUAUUGCAAAAAGUGCCUAACAGAAGACGUGUACUACCUAGUGAUGAGGAAAACGCAGGAGAGUCUAAGAGACACAAAAAAGAGUAG